AUGCAUCAGAUGUCAUCAACUAAAGUGAUCCUUGGCAUGGGUUUCAGGAGAUGGAUAAGGGGCUGGGAGGAGGGAUGGGGAGGAGGAGUGGGGAUGACAGGGGGAAGAGGAAGGGAAAGAGAGGGCAGGGAAGGUGGGGGGAAGGCAGAGUCAAGAGACCCAGUGCCAAACCUUAACUCCACCACACCCCAGAUCAACGGGGAUGCGAGCCCCUCUCCACCAGAGCCAGCAGUACCCCAACCCACAGCUCGCCAAUAUCCUCCCGUCAACGCUGCUCAGCCGGACACGAUCAUCAACAACAACUCGGUCAUUAUAGCCAAUGCUGCUGGAGCGGCGCUGCCUCAUCAUCCUUAUUCUACAACUACCACAACUACCACAACCACUACCACUUCUGCCUCCAACAACACACUCAAUAUCAGCAGCAAUGUCAUCCAGAGUAACCCUGCCCACCAUGCCCGUCUGGGUUCCCAGGGUCUAGGGGGUCAACCCCGCCCUGUCCAGGAGCUUCCUCCUCCACCCCAGGAGCUGAUCCAUCAGGAUCCUGCUCUAAUAGAGAAGGAGAGGAAGAACGAGAGGGAGAGAGAAAGGGAACGACUGAUACAGAGAGAUCAUUCGUUGGACAGAGGAGAUAAUCGAGGAAGCAGCUUUAGUAAAGGUCCUGGUUGGAAUAGUAAUUCCAGUCACAUUGGACCACCAAACCCAGGGUCGCGAGGUACACCGAAUCAGCGGUCAUCCAACCUUCAACCGUACCCCACCCCCCAAUACCCACAGCAGCACAGUAGCCAGCCCAAGGGCCCUCCACCCCCUCAUUCUAACCCACAUAUGUUUUCUUCUCCAUUGUUGCCACCACCGCCACCUUUAACAUCGAGCACACCACUGUCGGGAGGACCUAACCCGGCUACACAGCCGCCACCCCACUACCCAGAACAACCAUCAACGCACUAUCCUCCAGAGAGUGCACCACAGCCGCAACCAGCGGCGCCCCCAGCGCAACCUCCGCCGACACCCACCCCACAACAACAGCAGCAGCAACAACAACACCAACAAGAGCUGCUUCGGCAAGAGCUCAACAACCGUUUCCUGGCGUCUCAUAACCCCAGCAUGUCGGUUGGCCCCCCUCCAUACCUCCGCCAAGAGACUCAUAUGCACCAACACAUGCACCAGCAUCAGCAUACCCACCAGCACUCAUUCCUGCCGCCGUCUGCUGCUGCAGCACCUCCUAGUCUGGUGUCUUCUCCAGCAGCACCUCAUGUGGUGCGUGACGCAGAGAGACUCAGGCAGCAGGCUAUCAGGGUAAGAAUCAACUUUCAGGUCAAACGUAGCUUCUCCUUUUCUAUAAACUUAGCACUACAAUCAGUGAGCCUCUGCUUCAUGUUAUUAUUUUAGCCAUAUAGGGUUUAUGAAGGAUGGUCUUCAAGUCCUUGAUUACAAGCUAUUGACGUUAAUGACAUUCCUAGAGUAACAGUAGGAUCAUGCAGUGCUUGUAAAUGAUCAAAUUGGGAUUUUCAUAUCCAUAACUCCAUAAUAUUCAUUCACCUUUGAAUAUUCGGUGUCAAUCAGGUCUAUUUCUGAAUUGUUUUUUGUAAGGCAAUGCUUGGGUUCCAAUAGUUCUUUUUUGGUUCUUUUUUAUAGUGAUAGAUGUACAAAUGUAUAGUAAGUGCCCAUUUAGGAAUGGAAGAUUCUCAGAAGGCCAGGAAGGAAGAAAGGUUUUUUCUUGAGAAUAUUUGUCUGACUUUUAGAUGACUUUGUUUUUAUUGAAGGAAUUUCUUUGCUGUGGCUGCUAUUCCUCUGCUCCCAUAAUCUCAUUCAACCAUUAGGCCAGGCAGUGUAAGAUAGCAGAUAAGUUCAAGUUACCUCCUAUUGUUAUCAAAUAUCAUCUCAGGGAGAUUGCAGGGGAAAAGGUUUCCACAGAGGGAUAAUACAAUAUGGCUGUUUCAGUCAAAACAAGCAAGAGAGCCAACACUUUGCAAUGGUAGGUAGCCCUCACGAUGGCCCAGUUAUAACUAGGUCACUGUCAGAGCCAUAGAGGUAUCUUGGUCAUCUCAGUAGGCAAUGUGACCAGGCAGCGUCUGGAGAUUAAUCGAUUCGUGACUUAGGUAGAUACGCAGCCAGAUGCUAUGCAAUUAUUGCUUUAUCUGCCUGUACCUUUGUUUUAUUGAAUUUUGGGGCCUGGAAAACAUGAGCCUCCUUGAUCUUUGCAUAAUACGUCACAGGUUUUAGGUCCAUUGGUGAAGGGCUUGAGGUAGAGUGGAGAUAGGGGCGAUAACUUAUAGUUAGGUCUUGGAACCACAAUCCAUUGAUAAAUUAGUGUUGUGAACAGAUUAGGGGAAUGAAAAGGGCAGGUUUAAAAGAAGGCUUUGUUGGACAUUCAUUUGAACCGUUAUCGCUAAAUCAAAACAGGCUAGAGUUUAAAUCGGUCAGAGUAAAGGUGGUACAUAGAAGAAUGAUUAAUAAGAGGGUUGGAGACCUUUAGGUAACAAUAGAGGUACCCCUUUUACUGUCACUACCUCGUCAUUGGUUGAUUCCAAUCACAUGUCACUAAUCAUCUGCCCAAUCAGAAUCACAUGCAAGGAUCAGGAUGGUUUAAAGCCCAGAGGAUCACCCUUUUUCUUUAUUCUUCUCCACCAACAGAUGGAGUCAAUAAGGGUUCUUCCCCCAAAUGGGGGUUGACAGAAGGUGUGAAGUAAUGUUGUCUAGAGAUAUGGGCGGUUGCGUGUUGAGAUCGAAUCCCAUUCUCAGGGGUACAGUCUAGACUCACAUGCGCACUUUUCUGAACUUUAACCGGGAUACACAGACGGCAUCUUUGUGGUUGGUUCUAAUUUAGUUAGACAUGGGAGGAGUGGUAGAUUGCCGGGUUAAGGGUUCUUGAAAUGUGCUUAAAUAUCUGAUUCUGGGAGAAUGUUCUAUCUGUAAACAUGGAGCAUAACAGUCCUAUUCAGUUCAUUGCACUUCAAGGUUGUUUGGUUUAUAUCACCCUUCAUUUUGACUUUAUACAAAUUUACAAUCAAAUCAAAUAAGUGGGACCUGUUGGCUUGCAAUCAAAUCAAGGAUAAUAGUAAACCUUAUACUAUACCUUAUACUUUAUACUUAUUAAACCUUAUACCUUUAACUUAUUACCUUAUUAGUAAUAUCACUCCCAUUAUUUACGAAGAGAUAUAUACUUUUAAAUAGGAAGAUAGGCUUAUUGCUGAUUCAUUGAAAAUGUGGAGGAAGUGAGUGUGUAGUAGAUGUACAUAAAUGUUGCAUGUUAGCAUUGAUUUUAAAACAUCACUCAUUAUAAUGAUAGAUUCAUGAUUCCUGUCAACAUCACAUUCAAGGUUUCCUUGAUUUAGGAAAGAGGAAAGAGAGUAGUUGGUGAUAUGGAGUUGGCCUAGGUUCGGCUGGGGGGGGGGGGGUGAGGGGCAUCACAGACAAUGAACAACUCAUCCUUCCUCCUGCCCUUAUUCAAGAGAAGAAGCGAAAUUUGUUAACUCAUCCCACUUCCUGUUACAUUGAUGAUAAACAUGGAGAGGGACGAUUUAAGUAAGAACUAGUCAUGUGAGGAUAAAGAAUGAAAGCCAAACAGAAUUACAAUGAGCUACAAGAGGAUAAGCAGAGUUCCUCCAAAAAGAACAUUACAUGAGUAAACACCUGAGGCUUUCCCUGAUCAUCAUGCCUUCCUCUUUACUCUUUGGUUGGUUUUGUUUGUGGGGAGGGGAAGAAUUUUUGGUUUCCUCCUGGAAUUAUUCACCCUGCUUGGAAUGAAAUUACAAACCACUAAUGCUUCCACAAGAGCGAUCCCUCCAGAAUUUCGUAGCACCCUUUCCUUCCGUAUUGUGUUUUGUAGCCUAGGUACCAAGAAAUUCUUAACAGAACUGCAGAGAGGAAACUGAGAGAUGACUUUUCUUCCGUGCAUGUUAUACUUGGAAGGGAGACACAUCCCUGUCUAGCAUGGGUUGUCCAUCUUCCCUGAUGAUGCUCUUAUUUCUGCAGAGUAAUGCACUCCCUUGUCCCUUGUGUCCUUCAAACAAGAUGAUAAGAGGAAACUAGGAGUGACACUGAGUUAUAGCUUUAGGACACCUGCUUCAAAUAUCAUACUACUCAAAAAAUCACUUAAGAAAUGGAGGAUAGGAGGAGACAAAGAUAAUUUCUUGUCAUAUUUUCUGUGACCAUGUUCCACUCUUCCCCCAUUUAAGUAUUAUAUUUAAGAG